AUGCUCUUUGUCAGUCAUCCAGCAAAAAACAAGCAUGAGAGUGCUGAAAGAAUAUUUGUGGACCUGUCCGAAGCAUACCAUUUCAAUCAGGCCACUGGAAGCAUCAGUGAAAUAUCACCCCGACUCUCAAGAAGUCAGCGAUUAUGUGUCAUUGGUGGAUUGCCCCGAUCCGAAUCUAACCAUUCAAUACUAAGCAUAAAAUGUAAACCAGCUACACAAUCAGAAAAUCAAUCAAGUCAACCCACAAAUGCUCCAUCUACCACACAUGACCCAACACCCACACAUCAGGUGGUGAUUACCACCAGCAAGACUAGUGAUGAAUCGGUUCAUAUGGCGUCAGUCGCACAAACCCAAUCAUUGCAUGACCAAAAAAAAUCAGAUUCUUUGACUAUGCUAAACCCAUUUAUACUCUCAGAUUCAUUUCUGAACACUUCAGUGGCUUCAAAGGAUACGUGGAGCAUGUCCAUGGCGAUACCCGACCAGGUUGUUGACAUGCAUCAUUUAAAUCCGAGUGAACCAGAGUCAAAACUUAAUCUAUUGACGGCAUCUGAAAAAACAGACGAUGCACAGAAUAGAAAUAUGCAAUAUCCUGCAAAUAAAUCCAAUCGAGUGAACUCCCUGCUUCAAGAAAAAGGAUUGACAUGGGCAUUAUCGAGCGGGAUUUGCAUGCUUCCAUUAGAAUUCAAAGAUAAAUAUCAAUUGACUGCUCUAGAUUCGUUCGAUUCUCAUCAAAUUGUAUCACUUUCACAUAGCAGUAGAUUGGUUGACAUGAGCACACUGAUAUCUGAAAAAGGUGGCCAAAUACAGCGAGAAGUCACUGUCGCCAGCAACCAUUCUGGAUCCAAAAUCAAAUCAGCGCACACUUCAGUGCGGACAUUCCAGGUAAACAGUGCCGAUUCAGGAUCUGCCGACUCUAGCCAAUACCAAAACAGUCAACCGCAUAAUUCAAAUAUGGCCAAUAUCACCAAAACGGCAAAAUAUGGAAGUUUAUUUGGUUCACGAUUGGCGAGAUCAUCGUCAGAAUUGGAAUCGGAAUCCAUUCCUGUCGGACCAGUACAGUUGCAGCCUGUGAUUCACCCUGCAAUAAAAUCCACAUCAGCUAGCAAUUCACCUGUGGUCUCUUUUGAGACAAAGCUGGCUAUAAUCCACGGAGCCAAAUCUUGUCCGAAACGGUUUGGCGUGGUAGUUCCAAUGACAGCAAAUCAAGGUUUUGCAAAUGGAACCACAUCACAAGACCCAUUACAAUCCUUGGAACAUCAACUUCGAUCAACAGCACCUUCAACUGAAAAGACCUCCAAUACCACUCACACUUUGUUUCAACCUGUCGAAUCUGUGCCUCCAACCCUGUCACUCAACACUGCUCACUCUCAUCCGACAUUGAAUACGCUUCUUGUUAAACGGAUAGUAUCAUCACGCGAGCUUGUGGUUGUGAAUGGCAACGAAUCAACAUCCCCUCAAAAACAUACUUUGACUAGUUCAGUGUCUCAAUCCAAGCCCUACUCUACGUAUACAAAAGCACAUGCAGAUGCAGAUGAUGGCGUUCAAUGUAUGGAUGAGUUUGCUGGGGUAAAGUCCUAUCAGGCCAUUUCAGAUGCAUUAUCCCUUCUACCAGUCAACCCACCCCAAGAUGAGGAGGAUGAAGAAACACCUAUUCAAUAUACGAUGAAGCGGUUGGCAUCCCGUCCCCGUGCAGAUGUAUUGGUUGAUUUUGAGCAAACUUCUAGAUCCAUAGACAGUUCAAAUCAUAUAGAUUUGCCCCAUCAUGACAGUAUUUUACAUUCUAAUCGAAAGUCUGAUGGCAGUAAGCAUGUAAUGCAUGAUAACAGCAUUGAACAGAUUGAGAUUGUAGACUAUCUAAAAUGUAGCUAG